AUGUCAUUUUUUUUAGGACAGAUUUUAGAAAAGAUGGGUUCCAUCGAUAAAGAUAUUAGAUUCAUGGCAACUCAUGAUCUUGCAAAUGAAUUAGAAAAAGAUACUUUUAAAAUGGAUCCAACUUAUGAAAAUAAAAUUGUUACAAAAUUAUUAGCAUUAACAGCUGAUUCAGCAAAUAAUGUUCAAGAAAAUGUUGUUAAAUGUUUAGGUUUAUUAAUUAAAAGAGUUAAAGAUUCACAAGCAACAGAAAUUAUUGAUACAUUAUCAAAAAAUAUUUUAGAAGAAUCAAAUAAAGAAGAAUUAGUUGAAAUUUCAGGUAUUGGUUUAAAAACAAUCAUUACAAAUUUACCAAGUGAAGGUAGUUCAAUUUCAACUUUAGUAAUUAAAAAUUUAGUACCAAAAUUAUUAAUUGGUAUUGAUAGUGAAAAAUUAAAAGAUAAAAAUGAAAUUAAAAUGUCAUGUUUAGAUAUUUUAAAUGAUUUAUUACAAAAGUAUGGAUCAUUUAUGAUUGGAGAUUUAGAGAAUAUUCAAAAGGUAGUAUUACCAAAAUUGAAUGCAACUAGACCAGCUAUUAGAAAACGUGCCAUUUUAUGUUUAGCCAAUAUAGCAUUCCCAUCACCAGAUAACUUGUUUAAUUCUUUAUUGGAUUACAUUAUUAAAUCGAUUGAGGAAGCAAAGAAACCAGAUCAUAUUUCAACCUUGAUUCAAGCCAUUGGCGCAAUUUGUAAAUCUUCAGGUUAUCGUUUAGGUAAAUAUUUACCAAAGGUUAUGCCACAUGUACUCAACUAUUGUGACAAUAAUAAAUUUGAACAAAAUGAUGAACUUCGUGAGAAUUGUUUACUCUGUUUCGAAGCUAUCAUUGAGAAAUGUCAAAAAGAUGUCACACCAUACAUUGGUGAAAUCAUCACACUCUGUACCAAAUACAUUAAAUUCGAUCCAAAUUAUUCCGAUGAUGGUGAGGGCGAGGAAGAUGGUGAUGAGGAGGAGGAGGAAAUGGAGACCUCUGGCGACAAUGAUGAAGAGCAAGAAGAGGAGGAAGAGGAGGAGGAUCUAAGUGAUGACGAUGAUAUCAGUUGGAAGAUUCGUCGUUCCUCUUGUAAGACACUCUGUGCUAUCAUUUCAACACGUCCAGAGUUAUUGGUUGAACUCUAUCAAAAGGUAGCACCAGUAUUGUACAAUCGUUUCAAGGAGAGAGAAGAGAAUGUACGUUUGGAUAUCUUCACCACCUUUGUAUUACUCUUGAAACAAUUGAAUAAGAAAUUGGCAAAUCCACAAGCCAAGGAGGUAUUGAAACAACAAGUUCCAAAAUUAGUUCAAUCCAUUAGCAAAUCAUUGAUCGAUAAAUCCAUUAGAACUCGUGUUGGUGCAAUCGCCCUCCUAAAGGAAUUGGUUAUGAUCAUCCCUGGCUCUUUAACUGGCCAAGUCUCACAAAUUGUAAAUGGUAUUAACUUAUCAUUGAGUGAAAAGAAUACAAACUCUAAUCUCAAGAUCGAGGCUUUGGUUUUAUUAAAAUUGUUAUUAAUUAAUGAACCAGCUCAAUCAUUCCAAUCUCACAUCACCUCAUUAUCAACCCAUAUCGUAAAAUGUAUCAAUGAUUCCUACUAUCGUAUUGCAUCCGAAGCAUUACGUGUUUGUCAAGAGUUUGUAAUCGUUUUCAAUAAGAUUCGUUCAAGCACCGAUUGUAAACCAAUUAUCAGUAAUUUAUUCGCUGCAAACUUUGUUCAAUUAAAAGCUCAAGACAUUGAUCAAGAGGUUAAAGAGGCUGCAAUCUCCUCGAUUGGUACCAUCAUCACUUUGUUUGGUAAUGAAAUUCAAAGUGAACUUCAACCAUGUUUAUCAAUCUUACUCGAACGUUUAGAUAAUGAAUUGACUCGUGUCGUCACUGUUAAAGUUUUAUCACGUAUCAUCAAUAGUUCAAUCAAUAUUGACUUAUCAUCAAUCUUACCAAGCGCAAUUAAAUUACUCUCAACCUUCCUUAGAAAAAAUAAUCGUGUCCUUAAGCAAUCCUCAUUGAUCGCUCUCAAUGACAUUGUAAAGGUUUGUCCAAAUCUCUUACCAUCAUCACUCUUGACUGGUAUUCUCACAGAGAUGGCUACACUCAUCAAUGAAUCUGACCUUCAAAUCACUCAUUUGGCAUUUGUUUUCAUUCAAAACCUCUUAAAAAAUUACAGCGAAAAACAUCAAGCCGCCACAUUGGUCAAUGAAAAAUGUAUUCCACCAACUUUAGCCCUCUUAAAGAGUUCACUCCUUCAAGGUGUUGCUUUGGAAUCAUUACUUAGUCUCUUUGCAACCAUCGUCCAAUUAGAUGAACCAGGUAUGAAAUAUGAACAAUUAUUAACCCUUCUCUUUAAUACUGCCGCUGAUAUUAAACAACCAGUAACUCGUCAAUCAUUCCAUUCAAUCUCACAAUGUAUUGCAGUUAUCACGGUUAAUACAACCCCAGCUCUUAGAAAACAAACUAUUCACAACCUCAUUUGUAAUCUUUCCUCAGUCAAUGAACCAUUGGUACUCUUAUCACUUUCUUGUCUUGGUGAAAUUGGUCGUCGUAUUGAUAUUCAUGAGAAUGAGAAUCUUCAAGAAUCAGUUUACAAAACCUUUGAAGCCAACAAUGAAGAGAUUAAACAAGUUGCUGCACUUUGUCUUGGUGAUAUUGCAGUUUGUAGUUUACAAAGCUACCUUCCAUUCAUUCUUGAACAAAUUAAAAAUCAACCAAAGAAACAAUAUCUCCUCCUUCAUACCCUUCGUGAAACCAUUGUAAAGUUAAGUCAUACCGAUGAAGGUAUCAAAACCAUUCAUCCAUUCCUUCAAUCCAUUCUUCCAUUGUUAUUCGAUAAUUGUGUCAACGAAGAAGAGGGUACUCGUAACAUUGUUGCCGAGUGUCUUGGUAAACUUUCAAUGAUUGAACCAAAUGAAAUCAUUCCAAAACUUGUAGAGAAAAUCAAAUCACCAUCACCAUUGGAACGUUCAACCAUUGUAACCUCAAUUAAAUUCUCAAUCAUGGAGAAUAAAGAAGUUGUCGAUCAAUAUUUAGCUCCAAACAUCUCUCAAUUCCUUUCACUCUUACAUGAUGGUGAUUUAAUUGUUAGACGUAGUGCCCUCCUUUCAUUGAAUUACAUUGCUCACAAUAAACCAAAUCUCAUUCGUAAUGAUCUCUCUGUCUAUUUACCAAUCUUGUACAACAAUGCUAAAAUCAAACCAGAACUCAUUCGUGAAGUUGAUCUUGGUCCAUUCAAACAUAAGGUCGAUGAUGGUAUUGAAAUCAGAAAAACAGCUUUCGAAUGUAUGUACACUCUUUUGGAUACCUCUAUCGAUAAGAUCGAUGUAGCUCCAUUCAUCGUUUCAUUAUGUGAUGGUCUCAAAGAUACCCAAUACGAUAUCAAAUUGUUAUGUCAUUUAAUGAUCAUUCGUUUAGCAAACUCAAAUGGUGCUGCUCUCCUCGAAAAUAUUACUCUCCUCCUUGAACCACUUCGUGUUAUUCUCAUGACUAAAGUAAAUGAAACCGCUGUUAAACAACAAAUCGAACGUAAUGAAGAAUGUAUUCGUUCAGCUUUACGUGCUGUCGCUUCCAUCUCUAGAAUUCCAAAUAGUGAUAGUAUCGUUAAAUUUGAAGAAUUUGUUAAAAAUACAAUUCGUACAACUCCAUUAGCUGCUCAAUUUAAUUCAAUUUUAUCUGAAGAUACAAUGUCAAAUCAAGAUUCAAUGGAUACUUCAAAUUAA